ACUGUCUGCUGCUCACUGGUCUCUGGAUAUGAGGCGGGAGGGCUUGGGGACAGCUGUUGGGACACGGCCUAGAUGACCUGGUCCCAGCAGAACUGACUGUCAGGGAACAGGAUGCUGGCAGGUCAGCUCAAGGCUGGCACCCACAAGGGCACCCACCCAGAGGACCCAUGCCCGGGAGCCGGGGGUGUUAUGGAGAAGACAGCUGCGGCAGCUGAGGUCCCCACAGAGGACUGCAACGCCGGGGAGACGCCACCAUUACAGCAGCAGGUCAUCAGACUCCACCAAGAGCUCGGGAGACAGAAGUCUCUGUGGGCUGAUGUUCAUGCAAAACUCCGGAGUCGUAUACAUGCUUUGAGGAAGCAGAACGUGGAGCUCCAAGAAAAGCUGCGAUCUCUGCAGCUGCGGCAGUGGGAAGCCAGGCAGAAAUCUGCAGCGUCCCCACAUGCGGGGCAAGAAUCACGCGCUCCGGCAUUGGAACCCGCUUUUGGAAAUAUUUCACCUCCGUCGGCUGAUGAAGAGACAAUGCCCAAAUACGUUGGCCGCAAGAAUCAGAGUGCCACUUUCCUGGGACAAAGAUCGUCAUCUAACAAUUCAGCUCCUCCAAAGCCAAUGAGUUUAAAGAUAAGAAGAAUUAACUUGUGGAAAACAACACCACAGGAAAACAGAGAUAAAAGUCUUUCCGGGAGACGUCAAGGCAGAAGAGCAACACCCUCUGGAAGGCCGACUCCCUGUGCAGAGAGACGGAGGGUGUCUGAAGAUGGAAAGGUGCCCUCAGACACCUGUGCCACUCUACACUGGCUGAAUGGAAAAUUCAGAUUCAGAGAAAGUUCCACUUAGGUCUAAUAAAAGUACUCAAUUUGUUAUUCAAAA